UUUCAAACAUAACCUGUAAAUUGACGUAUUCGAUCUUUGUAUUUUACAAUUUCUCAUUACGUUCACGUUGGGGACAUCGAAAGGAAACUUGGAUUUGGAGUUUCCAACGUUUCACCCUUCAUCAUGUCGUCGAAGAAGACGUUCAAGAUCAAGCAGAAGCUUGCUAAAAAGAUGAAACAGAAUCGUCCCAUCCCCCAGUGGAUUAGGAUGAGGACCGGAAACACGAUCAGAUAUAACGCCAAGAGGCGUCAUUGGAGAAGAACUAAGUUGAAGUUGUAAGCUGUGUCGAUACUGCUUGACCAUUUCCGUGUGUACUUUGACUAUUAUUCUGAUGGAUUAUAAUUAUGUACAAUGUUUGAUAUUCAAUAAAAAUCCAAAAUUUAACAAAAUCA